AUGCCAUAUAAUAUCAUACGUCAUAUCCGUUUCGAGGUUUGCCUCGACUGCGGGGCGGAUAUAGUGCGUGAACACUUAUCCACGCUCACUGAUCUCUAUUUCACCACGGUUGUUAUAUAUACCGACGCGUCGUGCCGCGAUACACCUUCUCAAUACGAUGCUAUUGCGGCGUACUUCGGCACCGGUCAUCCGCUGACGCAGGGCCAGCCUGUUCGCGUAUUCACAGAUAGUCAACACACGACCGAUGGCCUCGACCUUAUCUAUCAAUCAUACAACAAUCUUCGUCAGAAUCCGUUGACUUCCCUCCUGGGGGCCCCAACUCGCUACCCCUAUCCAUACACACUUAUGAGCCUUUAUUUGCUUUUGAAUCAGAUGCCAGGUGUAACCGUGAGCUGGUGUCGAUCCCACAGCGGUAUUCCGGGAAAUGAAAUUGUUGAGCAGACUAUAUGGCUAGGCAUGCGUAGAACAAAGGCCAUGAUUAUGGGCCUAUCACCCAGCACAGGACUCAAAGAGCAAGAGAAAAUGACGAAGAAAUUAGAAGAUGGAGGUGUCAGUGGAAAUGGACGGUUGAAAGAGAUUGGAGAAGACUGGUUUCUGUUUUUGAAAGGAUUUGCAAGAAAAGGCAAUAAGACAAGACUUUUUUGGAGGUUGGCGAAUGUGUAUUUCCCUUCUCGAGCGCCCUUUCUUAAGCCAACAUUUUUGAUGCUUGAUGAACCGGCCAACCAAACACCAAUCUUGGGAUUAUUGGGUGGGAAUAUCAACCGCUUUCUAGUC